AUGCCCGGCGCAGAAGGUGUCACUUCGAAUCAAUCGCAACUUCACCACUACACGUUCCGUUCAUUAUUCACCGAAGAGGACCGCCGCGAUGACCUGAUCGUCGUUUCCAUUUGGCUUCUCAUGCUUACCUAUUCGCUCGUUUCCAAUAUUCUAAUUUUAAUUGGAAUUCUACGAAAUGCCAAUAUGCGGAUGGCCACGAGCUAUUGGUUCAUCAUAUCUUUGGGCAUUUGCGACAUUGUCAUGUCCUUAAUAUCUUUGGUACAUCUCGUGCCGGCGACCGCUUUCCAUUCAGCUUAUGUCGAAUAUGGCUCUUGGCGCAAUAUACUGAUGAUAUUCUUCUACGACCUAUUCUGGUACACGGGCGUGCUACAACUCGGGUUGAUGGCGUGCAACCGAUUUGUGAGUAUCGUCUACCCGAUGGAGUACAAGCGGAUGUUCUCCAGAAAACGAUCAAUAGCCAUCCUAUUUUUCGGAUACUUUUUGGGUUUUCUUGUCUCCCUCCCAACGCUUUUCCCAUGCUGUCACACACUAUGGAAUAGUGAUUAUUACAUCACCGUCUAUAGCCCGAUGGAUACUUGGUACAAAUAUGUGGACAUGUCGGUGAACUCGUUUUCCUUGGUCCUCAUGAUCUUCUCGUACGCCGUGAUCAUCUACAAAGUGCGCGAGAGUGGAAGGGCGAUGGCCAAGUACCAGCUCACGAUUCGGACACGGCAGCAAAACGCGCUAAUGAGCGGCCUGGGAGUGACCAGCGGAGCUGCAGUCGCCGGAAAUGGAAUGGUGCCUUCGCCCUGCGCCAGGAUGCUUUCUCUAAGACCUCCACGAAGCCAAGUCAGCAAAAAGGAGAUGCGGCUGUUUAUACAGUUCUUCGUCGUUUCCGUGGUGUUCCUGUUGACGUGGACUUCGUGGCAAUGGCUGCCGCAUAUGUCCACCUCCAAAUGGGCAUUCUUUGUGAUGACGUCACUCUUUUUUAUCAACAACAGCGUCAAUCCGACGGUGUACCUGAUCUUCAACUCUCAACUCCGACGCGAGCUCCAUUAUCUUCUCUGCCGUCAACAUGCCAUAGCCGUCAACCAGCAACGCAAAAAGCGCCCAACCGGCCUGGAUUUUAACGGAAAUGCCGCAAAAUGCGCGGUGCUCGAGGAUGGGUCGAUCAGACGCGCCCAAGAAAAUGGAGCUCACUCUUCACAAUCGCAGAGCAGCAAGACGAGCACCACCGAUGAACAGCUGGAAAAAUUGCAUCAACGAUUGUUGGAGACAAACAUUUCGACGGCUAGCACAGCAUUA